UAGACACACUGAGUUCUGGCUCGUCAACUUCCCAUCCAACAUUCCCCAGCACUCUCGCCAUGGAUCACCGUGUCUCCCGUCGAACCGAGAUCCUAACCAACCACCUCCUCCGCCGUGCACCGCCGCCUUCCUCCGUUCUGCAGCCCCACCGCUGCCUGAGCUACUCCCCUCCCGAGCUCUCCAACGAAUUCGCGUUCGACUUGCGAGAGAUGCGAAGGUUAAUGGACGGGCACAAUCUGGAGGACCGCGAUUGGCUCUUCUCCGUCAUCGUGCAGGGCGCACUCUUCAACAGUCGGGAGCGCGGCGGCAGAAUUUUCGUCUGCCCCGACUACAACCAGUCCAUGGAGCAGCAGCGCGAAGCCACAAUGAGGCGCAUAGAGUAUCUUGUGGAGAGAGGGGUUUUCCGAGGGUGGCUCACUGGCGAGGGUCCGGAGGAGGAGCUGAGGAAACUUGCGCUCCAUGAGGUUAUAGGGAUGUAUGAUCACUCCCUUGCUGAUAAGCUUGAGGUUCACUACUUCCUCUGGUUGGUUAUGUUUUCUCUUUUCUUUUCUAUCGUUUUCUUCUUCAGAAUAGUUGGAAUUUGA